AUGGCGGCGGCCACGGCAGCCGGCCUGGCCACGAACGUGUUUCCUUUCCGCGAUGCCCGCGCAGCGCCAGAUCCGGUACUGGAGGCCGGCCCGGUGGCACACGGGUCACUGCCGGUGCCACUGGUGCUGGACAAUGGGUCGUUCCAGGCCCGCGCAGGCUGGGCGUGCCCCGGGCCGGACCCGGGCCCCGAGCCCCGGCUGCAGUUCCGCGCCGUGUGCGCCCGCGGGCGGGGUGGGGCUCGGGGCGGGGCGGGCCCGCAGGUGGGGAACGCGCUGGGCAGCUUGGAGCCGCUGCGCUGGAUGCUGCGAUCGCCCUUCGACCGCAACGUGCCGGUGAACCUGGAGCUUCAGGAGUUGCUGCUUGAUUACAGCUUCCAGCAUCUGGGUGUCUCCUCACAGGGCUGUGUUGAUCAUCCCAUAGUUUUGACAGAAGCCGUGUGCACCCCACUGUAUUCACGACAGAUGAUGUCUGAACUUCUCUUUGAGUGCUACGGGAUCCCUAAGGUUGCCUAUGGGAUAGACAGCCUCUUCAGCUUCUACCACAAUAACCCAAAGAACAUGAUUUCAAGUGGGCUCAUCAUUUCGUCUGGUUAUCAGUGUACACAUAUUUUACCCAUCUUAGAAGGGAGGUUAGAUGCUAGAAACUGCAAGCGCAUCAACCUGGGAGGAAGCCAGGCAGCUGGCUACCUCCAGCGUCUCCUGCAGCUGAAGUAUCCCGGGCACCUGGCCGCCAUCACUCUCAGCCGCAUGGAGGAGAUCCUCCACGAGCACAGCUACAUCGCCGAGGAUUACGUGGAAGAGCUGCAGAAAUGGCGGUGCCCCGAUUACUAUGAGAACAACGUGCACAAGAUGCAGCUGCCGUUUUCCAGCAAGCUCCUGGGCAGCACCCUGACCUCUGAGGAGAAGCAGGAGCGGCGGCAGCAGCAGCUGCGGCGGCUGCAGGAGCUCAAUGCCCGGCGGCGGGAGGAGAAGCUGCAGCUGGAUCAGGAGCGGCUGGACCGGCUGCUCUAUGUGCAGGAGCUUCUGGAGGACGGCCAGAUGGAUCAGUUUCACAAGGCCCUGAUAGAGCUGAACAUGGACUCCCCGGAGGAGCUGCAGUCCUACAUCCAGAAGCUCAGUGCCGCAGUGGAGCAGGCGAAGCAGAAGAUCCUUCAAGCAGAAGUCAGCCUUGAGGUGGACGUGGUGGACAGCAAGCCAGAGACUCCUGACCUGGAGCAACUAGAGCCGUCUCUGGAAGACGUGGAAAACAUCAACGAUUUCGAGCCCCUGUUUUCGGAGGAGACGCCGGAAGUGGAGAAGCCAGUGGCCACAGUCCAGCCCGUGUUUAACUUGGCAGCAUAUCAUCAGCUGUUUGUUGGGACAGAAAGAAUUCGAGCUCCAGAAAUUAUCUUCCAGCCAUCUCUCAUUGGAGAGGAGCAGGCCGGCAUAGCAGAGACCCUCCAGUACAUCCUGGACAGGUACCCAAAGGAUGUUCAAGAGCUGCUGGUUCAGAACGUUCUCCUCACUGGUGGGAACAUGAUGUAUCCUGGGAUGAAGGUCAGAAUCGAGAAGGAACUGCUGGAGAUGAGGCCUUUUCAGUCUUCUUUUCAGGUUCAGCUGGCCGCAAACCCCGUGCUGGACGCCUGGUACGGAGCUCGCGACUGGGCCUUGGACCACCUGGACAACGAGGACGUCUGGAUCACCAGGAAGGACUAUGAAGAGAAGGGGGGAGGCUACCUCAGGGAGCACUGCGCCUCCAACGUGUACGUCCCCAUCCGCCUGCCCAAGCAAGCUUCGCGCUCCGCAGAGGCCCAGGCAUCCGGCAAGGGCUCGGGGGCCAGUGGAGGUGGGGCCGGCGAGCAGGCAUAGCGGAGGGGCCCCUCCAGGGACUUGGGGCCACGUCGGGACAGACUCUGCCAGCUGUGUGCGGCCCGAGUCUGCUGGGAACAUUUGGCUGCGAGAUGGGUUUCUCCAGGGGAGGACAGUUAAGGGCCACCAGGAGUUACCCCUUGGAACUGUGCUCUUUGGGGCGUCUGCAGUGAAGGGACGAGCAGACUUUCGGACCUGCUGUCUUUGCUGUGCCGUGGAUGAGCCACAGGCUUCGCUUCUGCAGCAGUAAAUGAGAGUGAAUGAACGUGAUGGUGGCAGAGGUGUACAGAGUGUGUACACAGGCGUCCUUCUUGCUACAUUUUAAAGCUGUUUUCGUUCUUGUUUUUAUUUUUUUUAAAUCCUUUAAAUUUUAUAUUGUCCAUGUAGCUAGUUUUGUAAAUUGAUUCCAAAACUGUGAAUGCCCAGCAGGUGGCGUUCUUUCAUCUAUACCUAAGAAGAUAACACUUCCGAGAACCAUCACCCAUGAACUCUCCAGGACUGGAAAUAUCUUCCUCCUCCUGUUAUUUCUGCUGAGAAAUAAGGAAAAGGGGCCCAAAGAGGGAAACGAGAUUGUCUGAAGUCAACUCCCUGAGGGCCCGCCUGGCGCCGGCUUCUGAAUGGGCAGGUGUGGGGCUGCCAGCAUCCUUCAUACUCCCUUUGCUGGAUACAUUUUCACCGUGUGAGGCCUUCCUACAGUUUAAAAAGUUUCUGUCCCUGUGAAUUUGCUGGCCGUAUAACUUUGCAGGCUUUCCUGAAGAAACAGACUGGAAAAGGUCCAUUGUAUUGCCUUUUCAUUUUUGCCACAACCUCAUCUUUCCUGGACUUUUGCAGCUUCAUCUUAAAUGGAUGGAUAACCCCUCUCUUCUCCCGAGAUGGCUUGGGGAGAAUUUUAACUCUCAGACACACCCAGUACUUAAGCCCAGGACGCCCCUGAGUUUCCUGCCCCAGAAUCCAUGCGUUUAAAUCCUGUGGCGCGUCGGGGCCACCCCCUGAGGAGGCCUCCUCAGAGCCAGUCCGUCCAUGGAGUUCAUGUGCAGCUCCAGCUCUCUGGGGCUUUGGCCCUGAAGACCAGGAAGGGGCAGUGGUGGAGGGGAAGGCGGCAGACCCAGGCCAGCUCAAGAUGCCCCACGGCCUCGCAGGGAGCCACUGGCUGCCCACAGCUGGGCCUGGGGGCGGAUGAGAGGGUGAGCAUGAGCUGACAAGAAAGGACAGAUGCAAAGGAGGCAGGACCGGCCUCCGUGGAGAGGUUUUCAUAAUGAUGCUUCCAGGAAGAGGGGUUGGGUGAGCUGCUGAGGGCCUUGGGAGUCUUUCUGCACAGUCAAUGUUUUAAAUGGCCUGAAGAGCAGUGGUGAGAUGCAGAGAUUGCCCUGGACAUCCAGCCUUGCUGAGGAAGGACCCUGACUGGGCAGAGCUGCACCACCUUUCCCAGCCUCCCUCACAGUUACACAUGUAGCCAUUUGAUUUCUGGCCAGUGGGAUAUGGACGGAAGAGAUGCACAACAUCCAGGCAGGGCUGCUUCCAUAAACCUCCCACGAGAGCCUCUCUUUCCCCAUCAUCUGGCUGAACAGAGAGCUGUCCAAGGUCCAAGAGGAGCGUGGAACCAAAAGUGGAAGAAGCUGAGUCCUUAAACAACUGCUUGGAGCAGCGACCCUGCAAAUCCUUGUGUGUAAGAAAUAAACUUACUGUUUAAGCCACCGAGA